AUGUCGACCACAUUCGCACCUACAUCCGCAUCCGCGCUGGAAACUCCCGUCAUCGUCAUCGAUACCUGUCUCGUGAGUGCAGAUUUUGCUCAUUUCUCUUCUUCCCCUUUUACUCCCUCGCUCUCCGCUCUUUCCCCUUCGUCGUCGCAUUCUCCUCCCGUCUCGACCUUUCUGAAUAUUCCGCGCUUUUUCAUGACGCCUUCGCCCUCGACUAGAUAUCUUAGAGUUCAUCAAGGGAGACCGAUGCGGAUCUCGUCGGUUACGCCGUUGACGCCGGUUAAUAGUCCGGCGUCUCCGGUUGUGCGGGAUGUGUUUUUGGGGGUUCCGGAGUUGGCGGUGGGUAGUCCGAGUUUGAGGUGGAGGGGUUGGGGUCUUGAGUCUUUUUCUGGUGUGUAUGAGGGUGGGUGUGAGUGCAAUGGUGAGAGGCUUGGGGCUGGGGCUGGAAUAGAGAGGGGAGAGGUGCUGAUGAGUCCGGUUGUACCGCCGAAUACGCCGUGUUCGCCUUUGGUUCUGGGACGGUUGGAGAGGGGGGGGAAGAAUGAGGGGGAUGAAAAGGCUGAGGGGGAGGAGUGUGGGGUUUUGAUUUUGAGUCAGAGUCAGAGUGAGAAUGAGGAGUCUAUAGACACUUUUCAAAACACAAGUGAGUAUUCAACAAGCGAGCGUGUUUUUGAAAAUAUCCCGCAAAUAGUUGUGGGGUUUGAAGAGGAGGGGUGGGGAUAUCUGGAUGUGCAAGCGGAGGCGGAAUCGGAGGCGGAGGCGCGAAUAAAUGAGAGAUGUAUUGGGGGAAAAGUGGGAGAUGAAGAUUCAGUCGUGGAAUUGAUUGGGUGGGUUUGA